UAAGCUGACUGUUGGUGUAACUCCUUCUGUACAAUUUGUGCUGUGUGUUAUGCAUUGUGCAUGCUGCUCUGUUUUUCACUGUGACAAACCAACAAACAGGGGCGGUGCGAGAUGGUUUCCGAGGCUGAUGAAAAAAAUGUGAUGCCCAAUGAUGAUCAGUGUUUUUUAGUGUAUUUCAUUGUCGGAACCUACUUUGGUCCUGACAUCAAAUCCGAAGGAGCCACCAAAAAAUCAAUAUUGCAGAGAGUAGCAGAAGGGUUCCCUCCAUAUACAUUGAAUCAAUUAACCAAUUCUUUCGUCAAAGUUGCUGAAUUGGAACGUGUUUAUUAUUAUAUACUCAGGAAGAGUGAUAAAUCACUGAUCCUGAAGAUAAGCUUUCUGCGUCGGUUCUUUCAAGGUCAGGGUGGAAAUAGCAAUUACCCCCACUUUCUCGAUUUGUUCCCUCCCCACUUGCACCCUCAGUCCCGCUUCCAAAACCUCUAUAAUAUCGUUCACAAUAUUGUGUUUAUUAACAAUCCUGAUAUCAGGUACAUAAAGCCAGAGGAUGUUGCGAGGUUCAAAAGACUGAGUGGGGUUGAAGAGUUGCAUGUGGACAGAGACGCUGUCAGGUUGCAACUGGGUGCUUCUUCUUUAGACAAUUGUGUUCUCAACAACUCUAACAUGUCUAUGGGGAAGAAUGAGAAUGAGUUCUCUGGUGGGUUUUAUAAGUUUCGGGAUAAUGUUAAUGGUCGUGUGAGGGAUGCUACAAGUCGACAUCAGGGUGGUGAUAUUGAAGAUGAGGUGAGGGAUGAUCCUGAAGAAGUUGGGGCAGCUAUGUUGUUACUUCCUACCCCUCCUUCUAGGGAGGAAUUGUCUGACAUGGUGGCUGCUACAAAGAAUGGAUUUGCUUUAACUGGAAGUGUGGCUAAGGCACAAUUUGGUCCCAGCAUAGGACUUCUGGACAUUGGAGAGUGUGAAGACUCCUACCUCUUUCGUGUGUCUCUUCCAGGAGUCAAGAGGGAUGAAAAGGAAUUCUAUUGUGAUGUUGAGACUGAUGGGAAGGUAAUGAUAACAGGAGUAACUAUAACAGGAGAGACUACAGUAUACAGGUAUUCUCAUGCUUUUGAAAUGCAAACUCAAAACCUUUGUCCACCAGGUCAAUUUACCUUGUCCUUCCGGCUGCCUGGUCCUGUUGAUCCACAUCACUUUUCAGUGUGGUUCCAAGAACGCAGGGUUAAUUCCAAUAUGAACAUUUCACAUGCCCUUGCAAAUAUGACAGGUGCCUCAGCUGAUAUCAUUCUGACAUCCUCAUCUGCCUUCAUAAUCUUUUUUAUCCUUGCCAAAGGAAGGCUGUGGUUUUUGAAAUCAGUCACUUUCUCAAUUUCUUGAUAUUGAUUUGUCCAAAAGGCUUGAAGUCUCUGCUGCAUCUGUUGUUGUUGUUGCUGAUGCAUGUGCUGAUAAGCAAGUUGAUGCUGUCCUAGUUGAGUUGCGGCUGCUUGAACAGUGGAUUGAAUGGUCCCAGGUGAUGCAACAACCAUCCCAGGUGAACCUGUUAUGUGGCUGCCCUGGUAUGGAUUAGAACCAUAAGUGAGUUGAGUUCCACUCCCAACAACUCCCAGAGAUGGAUUCUGCCCAUGCCCAUGUCCUUGAUGAUCCAUCCUGUUUCAUGUCAAAUCAAACAAAUCAAUGCCUGCACAUUACAUGCUACCAAAAUAAUAGUAUGCAUGCAGACAAUUGCAUCUUUGGAUUACCAUUGCUCCCUUCUAAAUGUACAUCCAGAAUCAUAGGUAUAAAAAUACCAUUAUCUAAAACUAUGUUCAAUCAUUUGAAAGUAUCCUGAGAACCCUUAUUCAAACAAGCACAAAAUGUGGAAUCACCAUAUACACAAAAACCAGAUUCUUUAGACAGGGAAUACUGGAGUUGGAGGGAAGAAAAAAAGACACCUUUUUC